AUGGAUUACCCGAUGAUUGCGGCGAUUGCAAAUCAGCAAGAUCGCAGACUUCCGGUGUUCAUACCCCGCCUGGUGGACUACCCGCCUAUCUACUGCCCUGCUCCCCAGUAUCUGCCCCAGCAAAUUUACAGAGCCCCCCCUAAGGCGCCUGUAAACCGGCUUAUUAACACUAAGAUGUGCAGCCGCUACCUCUCCAAGGGGUACUGUAGAAAGAGAGACUGCACCUUCGCUCAUUCCGUUGAAGAACUGCGGCCUACACCAGAUCUCCGCUGCACCAAAUGGUGCCGUUUUGUCUUCUUUGGCCUCGAGUGUAAUGACGCCCGUUGUCCUUAUGCUCAUUCUCAAGACGAACUUCAGCCUCAACCUCCUGAAUACAAAACUACUCUUUGUAGAUUCGCCAAACGUGGAAAGUGCCUUAAUGGAGAUAACUGCAGAUUCCUGCAUCCUCACGAGGUUACGGCUCCUGCCUACAGACACCAUGACAAACUCAGAGUUCCAAGACUCAGCAACCCCUCUGUAGAAGAAGAGUCGGGUGUGCAGGCAGCCGAGGAAGAAGCAGCAACUCUUCCAACUCCUGAGACCGAACCAACACAAGAGGAAAUUUGCCAAACAGCAGCACCACCUACAACUCCUGCCGCAGCAGCUCCAGCAACCCCUUCUUGCCCCGAAACCCCUCGUGUUGUCAACAGAACGCGUCCUCUCUUAUGCAGCCCGUGCGUUGUUGCGGGUGAGACCCCCUGUGCUGAGGAGACUGAAGAAGAAUACGAAGGCAGUUGCGCCUCUACUACAAGCCCUGGCAGAAAAGCCCGAAAAGCCACAACUCUCGUGCCCAAUACACUGUCUCGCGACUCCACAAGAGAUGAAUUGCAUGGCUCUGUUGAACGCAUUAUGACAGCUGCAGGCACUUUAGGACUGGCGGAUGAUCCGAACUGA